CCAUGCCAUGGAUUGAUUAUCUGAUCCGAAAGAGUCGUCCGUCUCAGAUUCGACUUGUGUUGGACUCACUGUAUAAGGGUUUUAGAGCGGUUUUUUGGGUUCUCGCGGAGCAAGGCGAGUAAAAAUGGCAUCGAUCUACCGCUCUGCUGCUGUGACCACCGCCAGAUCCGUAACCUUCCGAUCCAUGGCGGUGCUCUCCAAGCCCUCGAGUUCGAGAUUGAUCACUCCUGCCUUUUCCAGGCCGCUUUCUUCGGCGAUUGGAUGCCUUGAGUCGCUGAGGCCUCUGCAUACGGCCGUUGCGGCCGCCCGUCUCAUAUCGAACAUAGCGGUCGAUUCUUCCUGCUGGAGCUGGCUCUCUCAAGGACGUGCUUUACCUUUAUGAUCAAGGUCCUUGCUUUAUGUGGAGAAACAUAUUUCUAGAGCUGCCCUAUCAUUUUGAAGAGGACAUUUUCUUAAGCUGAGAGGAACCUUGAAUUCUGUAUCAAGUAAUGCAAGUAUCAUCUUUGUUUUUAUCCGGUUGUGAGAAUUUUAUCUUCUUGUGACAGUAUUUGCUGAAAAAAAGAUGAAAAUCAACUUUCCGAUGCAUAACAUUCUUAAAUUUUGUAUUCUGUCGAAAUAUACAUUUUUAAAGACAUUUUCAUUUAGAAUUAUAAAAUCUAAACUGAAGCAAACAAA